AUGGGAGAGGAGGCCAAUGAUGACAAGAAGCCAACAACUAAAUUUGAACUAGAGCGGGAGACAGAGCUUCGCUUUGAGGUGGAGGCGUCGCAGUCAGUUCAGUUGGAGCUGCUGGCUGGCAUGGCAGAAAUCUUCGGCACAGAGCUGACCCGAAACAAGAAGUUCACUUUUGAUGCCGGUGCCAAGGUGGCUGUCUUCACUUGGCACGGCUGUUCGCUGCAGCUCAGUGGCCGCACCGAGGUGGCUUACGUCUCCAAGGACACCCCGAUGUUGCUUUAUCUCAACACGCAUACGGCCUUGGAGCAGAUGCGGAGGCAGGCAGAGAAGGAGGAGGAGCGAGGCCCCCGGGUGAUGGUGGUGGGCCCCACCGACGUGGGCAAGUCCACCGUGUGCCGUCUGCUGCUCAACUACGCGGUGCGUUUGGGCCGCCGUCCUACGUACGUGGAGCUGGAUGUGGGCCAGGGCUCUGUGUCCAUCCCCGGCACCAUGGGGGCCCUCUACAUUGAGCGGCCGGCGGACGUGGAGGAGGGCUUCUCCAUCCAGGCCCCGCUGGUGUACCACUUCGGCUCCACCACGCCCGGCACCAACAUCAAGCUUUAUAAUAAGAUUACAUCUCGUUUAGCCGAUGUGUUCAACCAGAGGUGUGAAGUGAACCGCAGGGCCUCGGUGAGCGGAUGUGUCAUUAACACCUGUGGCUGGGUCAAGGGCUCUGGUUACCAGGCCCUGGUCCAUGCAGCCUCAGCCUUUGAGGUGGAUGUAGUAGUGGUUCUGGAUCAAGAACGGCUGUACAAUGAACUGAAGCGGGACCUGCCUCACUUCGUCCGCACGGUGCUGCUCCCCAAGUCGGGGGGUGUGGUGGAGCGCUCCAAGGACUUCCGGCGGGAGUGCCGGGAUGAGCGCAUCCGUGAGUAUUUCUAUGGAUUCCGGGGCUGUUUCUAUCCCCAUGCCUUCAACGUCAAAUUUUCCGAUGUGAAAAUCUACAAAGUUGGGGCACCCACCAUCCCAGACUCCUGCCUGCCUCUGGGCAUGUCUCAGGAAGACAAUCAGCUCAAGCUCGUGCCUGUCACCCCCGGCCGAGAUAUGGUGCACCACCUGCUGAGCGUCAGCACCGCGGAGGGCACGGAGGAGAACCUCUCUGAGACCAGCGUGGCCGGCUUCAUCGUGGUGACCAGUGUGGACCUGGAGCACCAGGUGUUCACUGUUCUCUCUCCGGCCCCCCGCCCGCUGCCCAAGAACUUCCUGCUCAUCAUGGAUAUCCGGUUCAUGGAUCUUAAGUAG